AUGUGUAAUAAUACCUCAGUAUUUAGAGAAGGUGAAGUAGUGUGGUUAGAUGCAAAAAAGAUAUUAGAUGAGACUAUGCUCGCAAAAUGUAACGAAAUUAACGAAACUCCAAUUAAAUAUUGGCCAUCAGUUAUUACUGAGAUAAUAUCACCUCCAGGAAAUGAAAAUUCUGAAAGUGAGUUUUACACAAUAAAAUUAUUAAUAUUACGUGGCCAAAAGGAAGUUGAUAUAAAUUCGAUUCAACCUUGGCUCCUUUAUAGACCUGAAAUUUUGGGUAUACGAAAAGCUUCAAGAAUUUCCUCCGAUAUAGAUUUAGAUAAUCCGGAACCAGAACAAAUUGCUGCUGCUUAUAUCAAAGCUGUGCGUAAAGCACGCGAUAUUGAAACUACUUAUACUCCAGUGUUUCAAUAUGAUUAUCAUCGUCCUGAUGAUUUUCAAGGUCCAGAUGAGGCAAAAUCGAAACGUUUCGCUGAAAUGGAAAAAUAUAUUCAUUUUAAAGCAAUUUAUUUUGGUGCUGAAAUCUUAUGUGAAGAUGAUAUAGUACGAUUAAUUCCUAAUAAGAAUUCUCGAAAUGAAAAAGGUUCUUUAUUAAAAAGUAGAAAUAUUGAUCGUAGAUUAUAUUUACAAAUUACUAGUAUUUAUAAACAUCCAAAAAAAGGUAUUCAUUUAACAGGUGAUAUGUAUAAUCGUGGAAAUUUAUUAGAAAAUAAUAAAUAUCAGUGGUUUCCAGUGAAUGAGGAUGAUGAAGAGUAUAAUGUAGAUUUAUCUGAAGUUGCUGGGCGAUUUUAUUCAAUGUGGCCUGAUCAAACAGAAAUAAUGCCUUGUAAAACUGCAAAUAUAUUAGAAAAAAGGCAAUCAAUGACUGGCGAGGAUGAAUUGACUCUGACUACUGAUUUUUGGUUAUCUCUUAAAUAUGAUGAAAUCAGCUCUGAUGAGUCGACGAGUCAAUCUGAAUCCGAAUUUUCAAAUUCGGCACGACAAGCCAGGAAAAGAUCAAUACCUUUUGAUCAUCCACCAGAUGAAUUACCUAAAAAACGCAAGAUUGAAUCUUCAAACCUUGAAAUCAAAUUUGAAACUUCAAACCCUGAAAUCAAAUUUGAAGCUUCAAACCCUGAAAUCAAAUUUGAAACCUCAAACCCUGAAAUCAAAUUUGAAACCUCAAACCCUGAAAUCAAAUUUGAAAUCUCAAACCCUGAAAUCAAAUUUGAAACCUCAAACACUGAAAUCAAAUUUGAAACUUCAAUACCAACGUCAUAUAUACCUGAUACUGCUUUAACCAAUAAAGUUACUUCCGAUACUCCCAGUUGUCUUGAUACCAAUACUCCAACUUUUGAAACCGAUGAAAACGAAACCGAUGGAGACGAAACCGAUGAAUACGAAACCGAUGAAGGCGAAUCGGAUGACGAAAUAAAAUAUGAAGCUAACCAAAU